UUGGUCAUGCGCUUCCCUCCGCAAAGCUUCCAGAAUCUCCCAUCCCUCUCUGAUUGGUUGCUGAAACCUUGGGGGCUACUCUCGCCUCUAUCUAUAAAUGUAGCGGGGCUGGCUCAGUCACCCCCCAAAAUACUCACCCCCAUCACUGCGAUACUUCUCUGAGAACACAGCCCAAAGCUACAGACUACAGUGAGUUCAAAGGUCACAAGAUGAAGGGGAUUCUGGGAGUAUUGGUGUGUGUGGCUGUACUGCUUGCUGGAGGCAGCGUUGCAGGAGAGGAGCCAUUGCAGGUGACGACUAUCCUGAAUGAGCCGUACGCCAUGACCAAAGGCAGUGGUCUGGAGGGGUACUGCGUGGACCUGAUGUCCGAGCUGUCCAAGAAGCUGGGCCUGAAGCACCGCAUGCGGGUGGUCAAGGAUGGACGCUAUGGCAGCCAGGACGCCAGUGGCAACUGGAACGGUGUUAUCGGAGAGGUGGUCAGAGGGGAGGCAGACCUGGCGGUGGCUGACCUGACCGUGACGGCUAGUCGUGAGAGCGCAGUGGAACUGUCCAAACCCUUCAUGCAGACCGGCCUGAGCUUCGUGAUGCGCCGUGACCUGGUGGCCCAGUCGUCCGGAUACGGUGACCUCCUCAGCCCCUUCUCCACGCACGUGUGGGUGGGCAUCCUCGUCUCCUACCUCAUCACGUCCCUCUGCCUCUACCUGGUGACCAGAAUGAGCCCUUGUGAAUGGGCGGGACCUCUGGAGGAGGAGAGCACUUUCAGUCUCCUGCACAGCUUCUGGUACAUUGCUGGAGCUCUCACACUGCAAGGCGCUGGCCCCCACCCAAAGGCUCUUUCCGGCCGCCUCGUCAGCGCCAUCUGGUGGCUCUUCUCCAUAGUGCUGCUGGCCACCUACUUCAGCAGGGUGAGUGCCUGGCUCAAGUCUGACCAGGGCCACCUGAGCAUUCAGAGCUUCGAGGACCUGGCCAAGCAGGACAUCAUCGAGUACGGCACCGUCGACGGAGGCUCCUCUCUCGCCUUCUUCAAGACGUCCCAGAACCCCGUCUACCGCAGCAUCUAUGCCCAGAUGGAGCGGCGCAAGUCGAUGGUGUCCAACAAGGAGGAGGGCAUCCGGCGGGUGCUGGAGGGCAACUUUGCCUUCAUCGGCGAGGCCGUGUCCCUGGACCUGGUGGUGGGGCGCUACUGCAACCUGGUGCGCUGCCCCCAAGUGGUGGCAAUGAGGGGCUACGGCAUCGCAGCACCGUUAGGCUCUCCGCUGGUAAAGAACCUGAGCACGGCCAUCCUGCAGCUGAGUGAGAGCGGUGAGCUGGACUACCUGCGCAGCAAGUGGUGGCCCAGCAGCUGUGUGGCCCCCGGGGACCAGAGCUCCCCCCUCACGCCGGCUACCCUCAAGGGCCUCUUCCUCCUGCUGGCCCUGGGGCUCGGCACCGGCCUCCUCAUCGCCCUCCUGGAGCUCACCGGCAAGGCCAGGGGCAAGGCCAAAGCACACCAGAAGUCCUGCUGCUCCAUUCUAUCGUCCGAGCUGAGCCAGAGGUUCAGUGGAAACGCGGAGAAGACUCCCGAGGACGCACCGGAGAAGUGCAAAGCCUAAAAUCCACUUCUUCCUGGGGGAGGAUAACUUCAACAAAGCAUUUAACGUAAUUGCAACAUGGCCAAGGAAAGUCAUGUGAAUCACGGUGGUCUACUGGUUGAAUGUUGGAGUCCACAUAACUACAUCCGUCAUCUCUGUGGAGUUAACCAGAGAUUGCUAUGAUUGACAUGUUUUUUUUUAAUGCUGUAGUGAUGUUCUUCCUGUGUAUGGAUUCUGUUUGGACUCUUCUCCAACUUCUGAGCCAAUGAUCAACCCUCACAACCUUUAUUAGAUUAGUGCCUUAUAAUAAUAACACUUACAGACCUACUCUGUGGCUGGCUCUUUAUUCUAGUUGUAUCUAGCCCUCUAUACAGUUUCUCUUUUGUGUUCUGAAUAGUUUUAUUCUUUUAUUGGUUAAUACAGAACAGUGAGAUGUGUAGUACAGUAAAUGUAUCUUACUCAUUAAGUUGAAAACUGUGUGGGAACGUUUGACCGUUCAGUUAUAUUUUUGUAACCUUACUGUUUGUUUUGAUAGCCAGGUCCGAAAACGGUUUUUUUUUCAAUAUUAUGUUUAGUGAUGGAAUUAAUGUUUACUUAUUUUUUUGUUACACUGCAUCUCUAUUUUCUUGGUGAAGCACUGAAAAAUAAAAGCAAAUGGCAGCAGUGGGGGUACUGUACCCCUUUAAAACCCUACAAGGAGCGAGUUGUUUCUCAUCCCGUCCGUAUGUUUGCAAUGCUAAUCCAUCCAGCUGUGUGUCUGUCUGAGUCUGUCUGUUCCAGUUUGAGCCGGUGCAGACCCAGCAGCGCAACAACACAGCCUGUGGUUUGCCUUCAUUCAUGAAAGAUGUGCCAGAAAACACACUGCCAAAUGACCAGCAUCCAGCUGCCAGGGCUUUGAUGGCAUGGCGUGGCAGGAGAAAGAGUUUUUUUUAUGUUUUACAGCAAUGCUAAAAAAAUUCUCAUAAAUUUCUUUUUUAAUGUCUAUUCUUAUUUUUUUCUUUUUUGCGAGCUCCAAUCAAUAAAAUUGUUCAUAAAGUUG